AUGUCCACACCAUGGAGCGUAGAACUUGACAAGAGCAAUGUCGUGUGUCUGGAUGAGAUCGUCGAAGUUACCGUCGGUGUACUCGAGGACGGCUCCUCCAGCGCUGGCGAAAGCCAGGAAGGAGGCGACCAAAGCUGCCUGGAUCCAACUCAUUACCUGGAAAGAAGAAUAGGUUUAGAGGGGGAUUUGUGGGGGAUGGGAACGAGAAAAUUGGCGAGUGAAGACCAAAAUUUUGGAAUUCUGGCCUAA